CUUUGCUUGGCGAUGGCUAAGGAAUAUAAUCCCUACGGGUGCUAGGAUAUAUGAUCGAAUGCAGAAAGGAAGUGAACAAUGCCCCUUCUGUGGCCUCAGAGAAACGCAAAACCACAUCUUUUGAGAAUGUGAUUGGGUUCGAAGGGUUUGGAGAACUAGCCCUAUGGAUCCAUACAUAGCAAGGGGGAAGAUCUUACCUCAGAAGAAUGGUACUGUGAGCUCCAAGAGUCGGAAUCUGACGAAAUGCUGGGCGAAUUCCUUGUGGCGCUUUGGUACAUCUGGGACCAGCGCAAUUGCCAUCUGUGGAACAAAAAGAAGUUAGAAGAGUGGGAAAUUUUGCCCAGGGCGAGCAAUUGGCUGAAGGAUUACCUGGAGAAACAGUCGAGCCCUCGGUUGAUGGCAAGGAACGAGGUACAAGGAUGGAAGCCGCCACAGUCGGCUCCGGUGAAGAUAAAUGUUGAUGCAGCUUGUAUAUCGGACAGAGGAACGGGGUGGGGUGCGGUAAUCAGAGACGGAGAAGGGAGGUUUUUGUUCGCUGGAGUUCGACGAUCCAGAACCCAAUGGAACCCUGAGGAAGCAGAGGCCAUGGCGAUCGGAUUUGGUCUGGAUUUGGCUAGAAGGUUUGGGAUACUGGAAAUGGAAAUGGAAUCCGAUUGCCAAGGAAUAAUUCAACAACUUCAAAGAGAAGAAGACAGGGAGACUGAGAGCGGAUUGAUCUGUGCUGAACUACGGGCCGUAGCCCAAACCCUGAACCAUGUUCAGUGGAACUUUGUGGGCCGAAAGUUUAAUGGACCAGCCCAUCUGAUGGCCCAUGUUGAGUGUGAUUGGGAGAGUGAGGAGAUAUGGGUGGAUAAUCCACCUCAAUUUCUUGUAACCCUUCUUAGGGAGGACAUGGGAGGAAACUCCAACUUUGCAUUCUAAUUAAUUAAUACAGUUUCCAUUCAAAA